CGGGCCAAGUUCUAUUAUUCAAGAAGAACAAAAAAAAAAAUCAAUUUUAACAAUAGAUGAGUUAUUAAAAUGGAUAUUAAAACCAGAAAUUAAAAAUAAUAAAAAGAUUAAGUCAAAACCUAUACCAAAGACAGAUGAAGAAUGGUUUGAUUUAUUGGAGUCGAAUGAUGACAAUAAAGGUAGUAAACCCAGUGAUUCAGAAUAUGACACAGUGGAUGAAGAUCCAGAUAUUUAUUUCGAGAAAAUU